AUGUGCGAUAGUGACUUUUGGCAUGAAUGUCUCCUUUACAUACAAAUUACUGUACCACAUUACGGUUACAGAAAAACGCGUGAGAAUGAAAACGCGCUGCGCGAAUUUGGGCUGAGCAUUGUAGUGAUCUUGUCUUCUAUGGAGAUUUAUUUGGAUUGCACCAACGCGGGAGAAAACGUUGAUGCUCUUAUGUUGAUCUUUUGUGGAUCGCUAGCUGUGAUGAAGAUGAUAUGGUUCCGUAUUUACGCGAGCAACUUAACCAAGACUUAUAAAUUCGCUGAAAACGAUUACUUAAUGAUCCAAAACGAGAAACAGCGUGCCAUUAUGCUAAGACACGCUUUUAUAGCAAGAACUCUCAUGUGUACUAUGGUAUCCAUCGCAUAUUUCGAUUCUUUUAUAUAUUCGUUGAUGCCCGUUCUGCAUACUCUAAGCAAGGAACAGAUCAAUGUAACCCAGCAGGAUAUCACGCUGGAAUAUACAAUACCGUCAAGGUGUGCAUUAGAAUAUCUAAAUGCGCCACGAAACAUGUAUAUUACAUUUUGUAUCAUCGAGCUAUUCACGGUGUUACUCGUCUGUACCAGCAACUACGGUAACGACUCUUUGUUUCUCCAUAUCGCAUUGCAUAUUUGUGGUCAAGUGAAAAUUUUGAAGUCUAAGUUAAUCGAUUUUGACCUGACGGGACCACAAAUCCGCGAUCGUUUUAACGCAUUAAUUCAGAAACAUUGUCAUUUGAUGGAAAUGACCAAGAUACUUGCAAAUGCAACUAGUUUUAUUCUGCUAAUGCAGUUAUUUUUUAGUAGCUUACUACUGUGUAUAUUAGGUUUUCAAUUUAUUUUGGCGUUAAAACGGAAUGACGUUAUUAUUAUGGUAAGAAGCUUUAUGGUGCUUAACGCCUUUCUGACACAAAUUACGACGUACUGCGUAGUCGGGGAUUAUUUGAAAUCCCAAAUGGAAGAAGUAGGAAUUUUUAUUUACCAGAAUGCUUGGUACGAUCUUCCCGCAAAGCUGAAGCAAAACUUUAUUUUUAUCAUUAUGCGAUCUCAAUCUCCUGUUCAAUUGCAAGCUGGAAAUUUCAUCGUUGUAAACCUCCAAACUUAUAUGAGCAUCCUAAAAACCUCUAUGUCGUACCUAUCAGUACUCCGAGUGAUGAUAGAAACAUGA